AUGGCCAUCAACGUCGUUGCUACAGCUUCACCCUCUGCUGCUCAGGCCGCUAAUCCGACCAAUGCUCCAGCCACCACCAUAGCUGCUAUUGUUGGGCCAACUGUCGCCAAGCUCUGGGAGGCACCGGACAAGAAGCACAAAUUGGAAGAUGUUAAUACCAAGAAGUUCUUGGUGAACAAGUUCCUUGACUACAAGAUGGUUGAUACCAAGUUGGUGGUAAACCAAUUGGAAGAAUUGCAAGUCAUCUUCAGUGAUUUACUGAGUGAGGAGUUGGUCAUUAAUGAGCCAUUACAGGUUGCCACUGUGAUUGAGAAGUUGUCAUGCUCGUGGAAAGACUUCAAAAACUAUCUCAAGCACAAGCGAAAAGAGUUAUCCAUGGAGGAUAUGGCUGUUAGACUCUACAUUGAAAAGGAUAACAGAAAGGGAGAUAAGUCUCUCUCAAGUUUGAAGCUAGGGCUAACGUGGCUAAAGUUUCAAAGGCUCAACCUAAGAAGCAACAAGACGGGUUAUAGAGCUAUUGACUGCAAUCACAAGAAGGGACAGAGCUUUGGCAAUAAUCAAUGCAAAAACAGGCCUAGUUAUGCCAAUAUGAUGGAGAAAGAUGUCAACUUGGUUGCAGUUGUCACUAAUGUUUGCAUGGUGUUUAACACCAAAGGCUGGUGGAUAAACACUAGGGCUACAAGGCACAACUGUGGGGACAGGGCUCUGUUCUCCACAUAUGAGAAGUCUGACAACAUUGAGAAGCUGUAUAUGGGGAAUGCUUUACCUUCUCCAAUGGAAGGGACAUGCAAAUGA